UUUUUUUGCCCUGCCGGCUGGGCCCCCAGCGAUCCGCCAAGGGCCAAGGCCAGGUCAUUCAGGAUCUGUGGUCCGUCUUCUUAUCACAUUUCCGGAGAGGGAAGGCUAGGAGCUCCGGAGGAAAAAACGGACUUUUUUUGAGGAGAAAAGCGGAGGCAGACGGUGAAAGACAAGGCACCCCGCAGUCGCCGAUUUUCGCGCGCUUUGGCGCAGGUGGUUGUGGGUAGCUCGUCCGAGAGAGAGAAAGAAGUCGGGGGCCGUCGCGCGCCGCCCGCGGGGACUGAAGAGAUGUUCGAGGACGAGCCCCACACUGAGGGGGCGGCGGUGGUCGCCGCAGCCGGGGAGGCGCUACAGGCGCUGUGCCAGGAGCUGAAUCUGGACGAAGGCAGCGCGGCCGAAGCCCUGGACGACUUCACCGCCAUCCGAGGCAACUACAGCCUAGAGGGAGAAGUUACACACUGGUUGGCAUGUUCAUUAUAUGUUGCAUGCCGCAAAAGCAUUAUUCCCACGGUUGGAAAGGGUAUCAUGGAAGGCAACUGUGUUUCACUCACAAGAAUACUACGUUCAGCUAAAUUGAGUUUAAUACAGUUUUUUAGUAAAAUGAAGAAAUGGUUGGACAUGUCAAACCUACCACAAGAAUUUCGUGAACGUAUAGAAAGGCUAGAGAGAAAUUUUGAGGUGUCUACUGUAAUUUUCAAAAAAUUUCAGCCAAUUUUUUUAGACAUAUUUCAAAAUCCAUAUGAAGAACCACCAAAGUUACGAAGCAGGAAGCAGAGGAGGAUUCCUUGCAGUGUUAAGGACCUAUUUAAUUUCUGUUGGACACUCUUCGUUUUUACUAAGGGUAAUUUUCGGAUGAUUGGGUAUGAUUUAGUAAUCUCUUAUCAUUUACUUCUGUGCUGCUUGGAUCUGAUUUUUGCCAAUGCCAUUAUGUGCCCAAAUAGACAAGACUUGCUAAAUCCAUCAUUUAAAGGUUUACCAUCUGACUUUCAUACUGCUGACUUUAGGGCCUCUGAGGAGCCACCCUGCAUCAUUGCUGUACUAUGUGAACUGCAUGAUGGACUUCUAGUAGAAGCAAAAGGAAUAAAGGAGCACUACUUUAAGCCAUAUAUUUCAAAACUCUUUGACAGGAAGAUACUAAAAGGAGAAUGCCUCCUGGACCUUUCAAGUUUUACUGAUAAUAGCAAAGCAGUGAAUAAAGAGUAUGAAGAGUAUGUUCUAACUGUUGGUGAUUUUGAUGAGAGGAUCUUUUUGGGAGCAGAUGCAGAAGAGGAAAUUGGAACACCUCAAAAGUUCACUGGUGACAUCUCACUAGGGAAAAUGACAGCACAGGCUAAUGUGGAGUAUAACCUUCAACAACACUUUGAAAAAAAAAGAUCAUUUGCACCUUCUACCCCACUGACAGGACGGAGAUAUUUACGAGAAAAAGAAGCACUCAUUACUCCUGUUGCAUCAGCCACCCAAAGUGUGAGCCGGUUACAGAGUAUUGUGGCUGGUCUAAAAAAUGCACCAAGUGAACAACUUCUAAAUAUUUUUGAGUCUUGUGUGCGUAAUCCUAUGGAAAACAUUAUGAAAAUAUUAAAAGGAAUAGGAGAGACUUUCUGCCAACACUAUACCCAAUCAACAGAUGAACAGCCAGGAUCUCACAUAGACUUUGCUGUAAACAGACUAAAGCUGGCAGAAAUUUUGUAUUAUAAAAUGUUAGAGACUAUAAUGGUUCAGGAAACACGAAGACUUCAUGGAAUGGACAUGUCAGUAAGUAAAUCCACUCUCCAAGAUACUGGCAAGGUUAUUGAGGUGGUGAUCCGCUCAGAAGAAGGGCUCUCAAGGGACAUGGUGAAACACCUGAACAGCAUUGAAGAACAGAUUUUGGAGAGUUUAGCAUGGAGUCACAAUUCUGCACUGUGGGAGGCUCUCCAGGUUUCUACAAACAAAGUUCCUACCUGUGAAGAAGUUAUAUUCCCAAAUAACUUUGAAACAGGAAAUGGAGGAAAUAUACAGGGACAUCUUCCCAUGAUGCCAGUGUCUCCUCUAGUGCAUCCAAGAGUGAAGGAAGUUCGAACUGACAGUGGGAGUCUUCGAAGAGAUAUGCAACCAUUGUCUCCAAUUCCUGUCCAUGAACGCUACAGUUCUCCUACCGCAGGGAGUGCUAAGAGAAGACUCUUUGGCGAAGACCCCCCAAAGGAAAUGCUUAUGGACAAGAUCAUAACAGAAGGAACAAAAUUGAAAAUCGCUCCUUCUUCAAGCGUUGCUGCUGAAAAUAUAUCAGUUUUACCUGGUCAAACUCUUCUAACAAUGGCCACAGGCCCAGUAACAGGAACAGCAGGACAUAAAGUUACAGUUCCAUUACAUGGUGUUGCAAAUGAUGCUGGAGAGAUCACGCUGAUACCUAUUUCCAUGAAUACAAAUCAAGAUUCCAAAGUCAAGAGUCCUGUAUCACUUACUGCUCAUUCAUUAAUUGGUGCUUCUCCAAAACAGACCAAUCUGACUAAAGCACAAGAGGUACAUCCAACUGGAAUAAGCAAACCAAAGAGAACUGGGUCCUUAGCACUAUUUUACAGAAAGGUCUAUCAUUUGGCAAGCGUACGCUUACGUGAUUUAUGUCUAAAACUGGAUGUUUCAAAUGAGUUGCGAAGGAAGAUAUGGACGUGUUUUGAAUUCACUUUAGUUCACUGCCCUGAUCUAAUGAAAGACAGGCAUUUGGAUCAGCUCCUCCUUUGUGCCUUUUAUAUCAUGGCAAAGGUAACAAAAGAAGAAAGAACUUUUCAAGAAAUUAUGAAAAGUUAUAGGAAUCAGCCCCAAGCUAAUAGUCAUGUAUAUAGAAGUGUUCUGCUGAAAAGUAUUCCAGGAGAAGUUGUGGCGUAUAAUAAAAAUAUAAAUGAUGACUUUGAAAUGAUAGAUUGUGACUUGGAAGAUGCUGCAAAAACACCUGACUGUUCCAAUGGACCAGUGAAAGAGGAAAGAGGUGAUCUUAUAAAAUUUUACAAUACAAUAUAUGUAGGAAGAGUGAAGUCAUUUGCACUGAAAUAUGACUUGUCGAAUCAGGACCAUGUGAUGGAUGUUCCACCACUCUCUCCUUUUCCUCAUAUUAAACAGCAGCCAGGCUCACCGCGCCGCAUUUCCCAACAGCACUCCAUUUAUGUUUCCCCUCACAAGAAUGGGUCAGGCCUUACACCAAGAAGUGCUCUGCUGUACAAGUUCAAUGGUAGCCCUUCUAAGAGUUUGAAAGAUAUCAACAACAUGAUAAGGCAAGGUGAGCAGAGAACCAAGAAGCGAGCAAUAGCCAUCGAUAGUGAUGCAGAAUCCCCUGCCAAACGCGCCUGUCAAGAAAAUGAUGAUGUUUUACUGAAACGACUACAGAAUGUUGUCAGUGAGAGAGCAAGUCAUUAAUGUUGUUGUUGUUUCUGUGAUAAAAGCACUUUCAAAUUGUUCUGCAGAAAGUUGUAGCUCUGUCCUUCAAACCUUUUAGGCCCUAUAGAUGGUAAAUAUCACUGGGUUAUAAGAAAAAAUUGCACAAAAAUAAUGUGCUUUUAUAUCCAAAAUAUAGUUGACAAAGAUGUAUUUUAAGUUGAAUUGGAAAGGAAUAUUUUAAGUGCCUUUUAAAAAUAUUAAUAGUCAAGGAAUUUUUUUUUUAAUGUGUUCUCCUUGGGUUAGUUUUCAAGAUGAAAUAAGGAGAAACCCUGUAACUUUUUAGCUGUCUUUUAAAAAUAAAUGUCUCCUUCUUCUG